CAGCAGGUUAGUUGUUCUCUCCCGGGCAGGGUAGGUAAGCGCUGGCAGCAACUGAAUUCAACUGGAGGUUUUGCUGUCAUAACUCGCAUUUUGCCGGCUGAGUGUCAUUACAAGGACUUUUAUUGUCAAAGGCUGGAGUUCUUAUAAGUAAAGUAUGUCCACCUUGCCGAUGAACAUUUGACAGACGUGUAUGAGAACAUGUGCACUGCGUUCAGUCAGCUGAUGUGGAGUAACAUUUCUGGGACCUGAUCUGAUCAGUAAAGACCGGAUUCAUUCACUGGAUGUUUUCUGUCUGGAAAACUGUCAAGACUGUGGAGAGCACACGGGAAACAGCAAUGGAUGGGAGGAUGAUCUGCAAUGGCCUCCACUAAUGGCAUGAAGAAGGAAUUAAUAUCAUUCUUUAACACCAGUGACCCACACUUACCACAGCUUUGUCAAAACAUUUUUUUACGCUACCCUGUAACACAAUCAGACAAAAAGAAACAAAUGAAUACAAUUAGAGCAGCCUAAGGAAGCUGAGUCAAAGCUGGCACAGAUGCCAGCCUUUUUUCUCCUUUAAAGUUCAGUGUUACCACACAGGCGGUCUGCCUCAUCACCCUCUGCCUGCUUAUUAUCUAUCAGAAUCCAUUUAAUGAGGCAUCAGAAAAUAGGCACAACCAUGUACUUAUUGCUAGUGUUUGUACUACAGGCCCUGUGGGUGAGUUGGUGUCAUGCCACACAGCAUUACCCAGCCUCAUGGGGGCACUAUGAUGUUUGUAAGUCCCAGGUUUAUGCAGAGGACCGCCUGGCCUGGCACUAUAUGGCCUGCCAGCCUGAGGCCACUGAUAUGACCAAAUACCUGACUGUGUCUCUGGACCCAGCCAACAUCACCUGCGGAGACCCACCUGAGAUGUACUGUGCCCUGGAAAACCCAUAUAUGUGUAAUAACGAAUGUGACGCUGAUACCGAAGAGCUGGCCCACCCACCCGAGCUCAUGUUUGACUCUGAGGGACGAAACCCAACCACGUUCUGGCAGUCGACCUCCUGGAAGAAAUACCCGAAGCCCCUUCAGGUCAACAUCACGUUGUCCUGGAACAAAACAAUAGAACUAACAGAUGACAUUGUCCUCACCUUUGAGUCUGGCCGACCCGAGCAAUUAGUCUUGGAGAAGUCGCUGGAUUAUGGUCGUACGUGGCAGCCAUACCAGUUUUACGCAUCUGACUGUUUGGAUGCCUUUACUAUGGAGCCAAAAGCAGUACAUCAGCUGACCCCAAGCACAAUGCUAGAAAUCAUCUGCACUGAGGCCUAUUCAACGGGCUAUGUGUGGAAGUACGAUAAGACUGUACGCUUCGAGAUCAAAGACCGCUUCGCCCUUCUUGCUGGUCCGAGACUGCACAACAUGGCUUCUCUGUAUGGGCAGCUGGAUACCACCAAGAAUCUUAGGGAUUUCUUCACCCUUACUGACCUUCGCAUUAGACUUCUACGGCCUGCUACUGGAGCCACAAUGGUGGAUGAGAACAAUCUUUCUAGAUACUUCUAUGCCAUUUCGGACAUUAAAGUGCAGGGCAGGUGCAAGUGCAAUCUCCAUGCCAACAGCUGUGUUUUUGACAAAGGGAAGCUAGGGUGUGAGUGCGAACACAACACCACGGGGCAGGAUUGCACACGCUGCAAGAGACACUACCAGGGCCGAACAUGGAGCAUGGGCUCCUAUUUGCCCAUCCCCAAGGGUACUGCCAAUAUCUGUAUCCCAAACAAUCUUGGCACCUCUGUUCGACCAAAUGCUUCUUCACUUGGAGCAGCAAACCGAAAUCAAGCUCGAGUGUGUGACAACGUGCUCCUGCGCUGUCAGAAUGGUGGCAUGUGUCACCACCACCAGCGCUGCCAGUGUCUGGCCGGUUUUGGUGGCGUACUGUGCGAGAAGACCCAAUGCCAGGGUGACUCUUGCGAGGAUCUGCAAUCCAGCCAGCUGUCCCUCCGCCCCCUGCCCGCAGCCCAGACUCUCCCGCUGACUCUGCUAUCUCUCAUCCCCUCCCUGCUGGCCACCCAGGGCCUAACAUCACUCUGAGGGGAACGCUUUUGCCCCAAAAACAUUCUCUACGGGGGCUCCAAUCAUGACUUCCUGUUAGAGGACACCUGAUGACUAAAAAGAAAUGCUCCCAUGAUGUGGAAGAAAAAAAUGAAAAUUGUUUUUUUUUUAGGAAACCUUAAAGUUUUCUACUCAGUACUAUGUCAAUUAAAGUUUGCCAGAGAUGAUGGAUAAACUGGAAAAAUUUGCAAAAAGAAAACAACAACCAGAACAACAAUAUAAAAAAU